ACUGUUUGGAUGAGAUGGGAACACGCCCUUGUUUCAUCAGUCAUAUUAUAUUAAGAACGUUUUUCAUUUACAUUUGGAAAUAUGUCAUUACAGUGCAUGGAUUUAAUAUAGACUUCAAAUCUCCUUUAUUCAAAACUGGGAGAGAGGAUUCGAACUUUGGAUUCUCAGUACUAGGAUAUUCUCACUUUUCGGGACAGAAAGGUGUUGUAAUUGGAUCACCAAAAGAGGGAAAUAAUGGUGGGCUAUUUUGGUGUCCACUUCUUAAAAGCACAUGCAGUCGAGUUGAUGUUAAUUUGGAACGAGAAACUCAUAUGCAACCUGGCUUAAAUGGGGCUCUCUUUGGAUAUUCAAUGGCUUCAGCCUUUGUAAAUAGCCGUGGACCUAUUGCGGUUUGCGCUCCACGUCUUUCAUGGUCAUCAGCUUCAUCACUUUAUCUACCUGGAGGAUGCUUUGAAUUUGAUGAACGCUUAGAAAAUCCUCAACUCAAUCCUGCACCAAGUGCAAUUUGUUUAAAUGUUGAAGGCUCUGAUAAAUCAAUUGAUUUAAGAUAUUGUACAUUUGGUGCAUCAGUUAGUCAACAUGUUAAUAGACCGAAACAACUAUUUAUAGGUGGACCACAUUAUUAUUUUGAAAAGGGUGUUGGCGCUUCUGUGAACAUGGAAACUUUUGAACGAGUUAUUACAUCAAUCGAUGGUGUUCCAUCGAAUACACUUCUCGGUUCUUCAGUGGAUACUUCUGAUCGAUUGUAUGCUCCACUCCCAGGAUUAAGUACAUAUGAAUUAUAUGUAGCUUAUGGUGGUCCAGGUGUUCCAAGUAACGGUGGUAAUAGUUUUUCAGAUCAAAUAAAAUUUGGUACUGGAAUUGUUUCAAUUUUUCAAAGUAAUAAAGAGAAUGGCAGAAAUUAUAUUAAGCCAUUAAUGAAAAUUGAAGGUCAAAGCUUUGGUAGUCGAUUUGGUCAUUCACUCAUAUUCAUAGAUAUUAAUGGUGACAAUUGGGAUGAUCUGAUUGUCGGUGCACCAUAUCAUUAUUCCAACGCCACUGAUGGUGGACAUCAUAGACACGGAGCUGUGUUCGUAUUUUUAAAUAGACAGCCAUAUUUCAAUUCACCGAUGGAUGAAAUUAAUGAGGUAGAAUUGUUUAGCUAUGAUUUUUCUGAGACAUAUCAACUCCUUUCACCUCCAUCUCAUCAUUGUGGAAACUCACCUAUUCCUGGAUUUGGAGCGACUAUUACAAAACUAGGCGAUAUCAAUCAUGAUGGCUAUCAAGAUUUUGCUGUUGGUGCACCCUAUGAAGAAUAUGGAGGUGCGGUAUACAUUUAUCAUGGUAGUAAAUCGGGUAAAAUUCAGAAACCAUCACAAAUAAUUUGUGCAAAUGAUAUGCAAAGUCCAAGACCAUUGGAAGGAUUUGGUUUUUCACUUGGAUUAAAUGGUGCUGAUCUAGAUGAUAAUGGUUAUCCAGAUAUGGCGAUUGGAGCCACUAUGUCAAGUUCAGUUGCUGUUUUGCGUACAAGACCUGUUGUCAGAUUUAAUGCAUACUUGACGUUGAUGGAUGGUAGUACUAUUCUGCCAACUUCAUUAAAUUCUCUAAUUGAUUGUACUAAUGAAGCUCAACUGAUUACUGGCUAUAAAACAUCAUCUGCUAAAUGUGUUGACAUGAAAUUGAUAUUGACGUAUACUAGUGUUGAUAAUAAACUAUGUGAUCAACGUAAAUAUUAUCCAGUUUCAAUUCUAUUGAAAUACGAUCCAACUACUGAAUGGCUUUCAGAAGGUUGGGAAUUCGUUAACACACAAAUUUCACAAGAUUCUAUUCAUUAUUCAAGUAAAUGUAUGAUAAGUCAAAAGUCAAAUACAAUAUCACAGAAUAUUAUGAAAGAAUUUUAUAAAAAUUAUACUUUAUCUCCAAUUGUUUUUAUGCGAGAGAAAAGUUUACGUGAUAUUGAACCGAUUGUUAAAGAUUACUUUAAACGUAAUGAAUCUGCUUAUUUGUCUGGAUUUGAUAGUCCUGGGGGUUAUUUACAAAUUGAUGGUAGUGCUUUCUGUCGAGAUCCUAUCAAAGGUAAAACUAAUCAACCCUUCAGUCAUGAUGAAUUGAAUUUAGCUACUACAUUUCGAAUUAUAUUUCGAGAUACAUACUUAGUUGAUCAAACUGAACCUUUAAAAAUUGGAUUGAAAUGGAUUGCUAGAACAACUGAACCACAUCCAUCAGCUGAUAAAAUUGAUGAAUAUCCUGUAGCCGAUCCACGUGAAAAUACUGAACUACUUCAGUUAUCAUUUGAUAAUCCUUGUGCAAUUCGUAAAUGUUGUCCAAAUAUAAGAGUUAGUUACAAUGUAAAAGUUACCAGGGAUAAAAAUGGACCCGUUGUCUAUGUUGGAGACGAUAAUAACCAAACAAUUGAAGUUGGUGUUCGUGUAACAAAUAUUGGCAAUGAUUUAGCUUAUGUCACUGGAUUAGUUAGUAAUUUUCAACCUAGUUUGCUGGAACUUGAUCCGAGGUUGAAAGAAGCUAGUUUAAUUCAACCGGAUACAGCAAUUUGUCAUCUUCAGCAUCCAUUAGCGUUUGGUGAAACUAGUGAGUGUGUUAUACGUUGGCUUGUUAUUGGACAUCAGUUAACUGUACAAAUGGCAAAAUUCUAUGUGAAUAGUACAGUAUUAAUAAGCUCUAAUAAUCCUGUACAAAUUGAAGGACAAUUGACCAAUGAACUACAAGUGAAUAUUAAAAUGACUGUGAAUGUUUCAAUAUUUGGAACAAUUGAACCUAGUACAGUUUAUUUCAGUGGGAAUGUUACAGAUGGUAUUAGUUCAAUGACAGCGGAAAAUCAAAUUGGAGAUGUUAGAAUUGUUGGAAAAUUCACUGUACGAAAUCUUCGUAAACAUAGUUUGAUACCAGCAUCUCGUUUAGUCAUCGACUGGCCUUUUGAAUUCGCUGGACUUAUCAAUGAACCACAUGGGAAGUAUUUACUUUACUUACUUGAAAAUCCUUAUGUUAUUCAACAUACACUUCCAAUACCUGGUGAAUCAGCUGAGAAUUCAGCUAGUGUUGUUUGUGAUUCCAGGGCAUUGGAGAAAGUUGUUAAUCCACACAAAUAUAGAAUAUUUUCUAGAUUAAGAAAGUCAAAUGACGGUGUACCUGUAAGAACUGCUCCCGUCGACUUACCCUUGGAACAUCCAUCUGAGUAUCCACCGCUGUCAUCUAAAAUGGUACUGGAAUCAGUUCCGGAUCGUUUAAGCGACUCAAAACAAUCAAUUAAUCGAAAAAUGACUACAAUCAGUUGUUACAAUGGUCGUGUACGAUGUGUUCCAAUUACUUGUGAUUUGGGCAAAUUAUCUUAUAAAGCUGGACCAAUUACACUUGAAUUUAUUGCUAGACUCUGGGAUAAUACAAUGCGUGAAGUUGAAGUACACAUUUUCAACAAUUUAGAACCGAAACCAAUACCACCCAAACAUAUGGCAUUGUAUAUUGGAUUGGCAGUAUUUGGUGGCUUAUUACUUUUAUCUAUUCUAGUUAUAAUACUUUACAAGGCUGGUUUCUUCAAACGGAAACGUUUUCUACGCAGACGAACAAAAACACCUACUACUACUACUACUACUAGUACUGAUCAACCUCAAAGACUUGGUCAAUAUGUUUCAGCAGAACCAAGUCAGAAACAACCAUUAAUUUCAUCAGUUCGACCGAAUUACCAUGACAGUAAGCAAAGUAGAUCAGGGAUAGGUUAUCAUCAAGUACCUAUGAAUUCACAAGAACCAGUUUAUCGUAGAACACCUUAUUCACCUUCAUCGGAUUUUCCAAUUUCACAUACACGAUGAUAUGCACAAUGAUUGUAGAGUUGUUUUGUUUGUUUUUUUCUCAAUUAUUUUCUAAUCCGUUGCCUUUCACAAAAAAAAUGCAAAAACUUCAUCACUGAUGAUGACAACAGUAACAACGAAAGUAAGAUUGAUUAUAUGUUCCUCUGAUGCUGCUGUUAUAUUGUAGUUGAGACUUUCUUUUUUUUUCUACAGAAUGCUUUUCUACUUGCUUUGUUCGUUUAUUCUUUUUCCUUGCGUACUUAACCUAUUUCAUUUUACUUACUCAACGAUUUUCUGAAUGUGUCAGACAGUCAGCUGAGUUAGUCAGUCAAUUAGCCAACGAAAUAACUAACCUCUUGUUCUCAGAGAUAAUAUCCUUUUUUUCUUUACUGCCUUUAUACAUACAACUUAUAUAUAUACAGAAAUAUAUUUGCUAACUAUGCAUAUAAAUUAAGCUGAUUUUGUUAACUCUUUCAGUUUUCUAAACAGUUGUAUCAUAUCAAUACCACUACUGCUACUAAUUAAUGAUAAUAGUAGUAAUUAACCUAUGCUGAAUUAUUAUAUCUUUCCAGUGUACAAAUAUGCAAACACAAUAUUUAUGAUCCAGUGUAACAUAAUAUUUUUAGCUUCAUUUUUUUUACAAAAAAAGGUUUAAUUUGCAAAGGAGAUAUACUUUUUCUGUGUGUAUUAAAAGAAUUAAAAAUAAGUACGAAUGGAAUAGGUGUACACAAGUUCAAAUGUAGUCAACUAUGAGAACUAUGCUAAAUAAUACUGGACAAAUCUUCCAGUUGAAGUAGAUAGAACUACUUUCUACUUCAUGAUUUGUUUUAUCUAGAUUAUUUCAAGUUGUUAUCGUAGACUGACAUCAGUUGGAGGAACGAAGGAAACCUGGGAGCACUGGACAGCUGUUUCAUCCUAGUAUGGGACUCCUCAGCAGUGCGCACCCACGACCCCACCAGCAGGGAUCGAACCCGCGACCAGCGCGUUACCAUUGAGCCACUGGGUCAGAAUCCAAUGCUUCAUAUUUCCAACUUCUGUUAGCUCACGAUAUAUAGCGCUAACCGCCACUCAAUGUCAACGCUGAGUAUCUGUGCUCAUGGCCAUCAGGCUUUGACUCCACCGGUCACGACUUCUCAUUGGAACUUCGGGAAUACUUCUCGAAGCUAGUCACCAAUGAGCACCAGUUCAAUUAAAUUUUGAGGGAGUUGUGGAGAUUUGGAAUUAUUUCAAGUUGUUAUUCAUCGUAGACUGACACCAGUUGGAGGAACAAAGGAAAACAAAACUUGAUACUAUUGUAUAACGAUCCAACUUACUAUACUUAAAUUUCUCACGAUAUAAGCCAUGAGAAAGUGUCGACCAUGUGCAUACCUCUCUCACUAUUUCACUCCCCUUUGAUCAACAUCACUUAGCAUUACUUUCAGCUGGAAUAAAUUCUAUUUUCUGGCAGUUCUUUGGAAACAUUUGUAAAAUGUUGGUAUUCAAAAACAUAUUCUUCCCGAUCACUGAAAUCAAAGCAUACACAAACAAAAACGAUUUGCUGCAUCAUUUGAGAACCAUUGAGGAAAGGCAUACUGGGAGGGAAUUCUUCUUUUUCCUCUUCUUUGUAGUCAUUGGCUUUCAGACUGCUAAGAAAUUUUGCGGUUAUACGAUAAGCUUACUUCAAUAAUGAGUGAUGAAGCAUAUGAGAUAACUGCUAACGCAUGACGUCUAUACUCAUUUUUUGCUCCUAAUGGACUAUAGUCUGUAAAUCAAACAGUAAAAUGUAUCAGAAAAUGUUGUAAUUUACUUGGUAGAGGCUAGCAGUGGAAUCCACGACGUGCGUUCUAUCCUGUUCGAGACUUAUCAGCUGGAUGUACCUGCACUUAAGUGAGUGAUGGUCAAUCAAUUAUAGGUACCAAUAACUAAUCCGAGAAAAACUUUGGAGUGUACGAUCUUCCCUAGUAUCUGAUAUUUUUAAGUGACUUUGUAUAUCUCUCCUUAUUUAGUUGUGACUUAUUGAUCUAUGCGAUAUACUUACAGCUGGUAGAUUAUGAGUCGAAAUCCAACCCAAUCUAUUGAGGUAUAGGCAGCUAGGUGGUUUCAGAAGCCUUAACACAACAAGUAUGCCUCAUUUCCUAGUACACAAACCCACAUGUAGUCGUUGAGUCACAGUACAUUUGUCUGUCACCAAGCCGAAUGUUCACUCAUAAGCACGGUUUUAUGACAUCCUGUUACAAAUUCGUAAAUUGAAAUAUUGAUUUUAUUCUAAGCUAUUCACAGUAAUAUACUGAAGAUAUUCUGAAAGUAUAAACACUUCAGAGAAGGAAAACAUCAACAAAGUCAUCUUCCUGACCUAAAAAGUAGUCUCCUUUAUUUCGAAGUCUUACAAGCAUCAAACGCUUCUUAUCGUUCGAAAAUUAUAGGACUUUAUAAAGAGGUAUGCCUUCAAGAAAGCGCAAGGACCCUUUCCCCUCGAAUCCCACAUAUAUACCUUCGAUCAACUAUCCAAUGAAGUGGAAGACAACUGAAAUAAAUUGAAGACGCAUGAUACAGCUGAUGACCACUGAUGCUCAUUAACGGAUUUAAAAAUACCAACAGACUAUUGAUAGUCAAGACAGAAAGCUGGGAGAAAUACUUGUUACAGGACACUAUAACACUGACAACUGUAAUAGAGAAAUAAAGUAAGCGAUAAAGGAGAAGAAAUACUUUUAUAAAAGGCACUUCACAAGAUCAAGAAGUGACCGUGUAGUUGAAUUGUCCCAAUAACCUCUGAGACCGAAGCACUUCUUCAGAAAGGACUCAAUUACAAUAGAGAAGCUUCGAGACUAGGAUUUGUCACUUUAUUUUAGCCAUCAAGGAAGACUUCAGGAAUAAACAAUGAAAGCCAAUAGGAAACAAGAUAAAUUAUCGUGCCGUUUACCAAAUGCAUGGGAAAAUGUACCGAACCAGUGAGGAACAUAAAGCUGUCAGGAGAUUCAAGCAUUAAAAACAAAUAUUUAAAGCUUCGGCUGGCAAAUAGCAUACGACACCACUCAUACAUAAAGACAAUCACCUCUUGAGGUGGUUUUGGAAGGCUUGCUCAUCGAUCAAAUCUAUAUCAACCAAUUCAGACGAACCUUAUCCAAAAGUUUGACGCUCACACUACCUAGACUUAAAGUUUUUCGAAGCAGAAAAUGCUAUAAAACCGGUGGUGAAUGAAAUAUGAUAAACCCAUUCUUCGACUGAAGAUACGUGAACUAAACAUCUCCUCACGACUGUUUCAUUUCCGCAGAAUUAAAUAUACAGUGUGUCAAAGGAAAUCGUUGGAAAGCUGAGGCAUCUGGGAGAAUCACGAGACUGCUUUGUCAACUCUUGGAUAAUCUUUGGAUAAGAUCAAGAAUAUUCACAUUGAAAACGAUGAGCAGAUGGUGAUUUUCGAUGUUACAGCUCUAUUCAUCUCGAGUGAACCGAAAUUGUCUAAGAAUAUAAUGACUUUCCUCAACAAUGAUACACGUCUCUUGGAUAACAUACAUCUAAAAUGCUUACGUUUAAUAAAACUGAGUUAUUUAUGUCUUACAACAUAUUUCCAAUUCAGCGGCAAACUCUACAAACACACAAAAGAAACACCAAAGGGAUUACCCAUAUCCCGGCUAACUGCAGGAAUAGUAAUGCAAAGAUUGAAAACUACCGUCUUACCACUGAUCAAACCAAAACUCUGAGUUCGAUGUUUUCAUCGUCAAUAAAAGAAAUGAGAUGAAAAAUGCCCACGAAUUAAUCAACGUUUUUGACGACGAAAUUCACAAUUUUGGAGGAAUCCAACAAUAAAUUCUCAUUUCCAGAUCUUUUCAUAACCAAAACUAAUUUGGGGAAAUUGGGAACCCAAGUAUAAAAGAAAACUUACUUACACCGAUCAAUCCUCAACUAGAGUAUCAACAAUCUAAUGACAAGAAAUUAAUUGUGUAACACAUCAAAGUUCAAAAGAAGACACUAUAUUACAUCACCUUAACGGCGAAAACUGCUUUUCAGAAGAACGGUUAUCCACACAAUCUCAUAAAAAUACCUAUCAAUUUCACAAUCAAUCAAAGUUAGCCCUGAAAAUCAACAGAUCGACUGUUUUAUCAUACAUGAAAAUUCCAACUAGAUUACUAAAACCUUUGGAAUUACUGUAGCCACAAAACCUACGAAAUCUCUCUAGUCCAUAUUAUGCAAAGAGAAAGACACAAUUGAAAAGAAAGAUGAGCCUAAUGUUAUCUACAAAAUAAACCGUAGUAACUGCAAAAACACACUACAUCGGAUAGAGUGGCAUAUUUCUCCUUGUUUGCCUGCAUGAACACCUAGCAGUGAAACGUUAUGAUAGAUCUUUGCUCAUACGAAUCACACCACGAUUAAACUAUCCGGCUCAUAGAAUAAAACCACCAAAAUUGUCCUCCUGGGUUACAAAUAUUCUUCAUCAUUUGUGAGUGCACAAUAGUUUCCUCUUGAAGUACCAAUUAGGUAAUCAGAACUAUGUAACAGCAAUUUCACACUAAGUUAGCUCAUAAUAAAACAAGACAAUGUAUAAUCUUAUGCCAUUUUCUAAUGAUCAUAAAUGAACAGAUAGGAGCAUUAUUCUGCAGAAAAACACCAGUUGUUACAAAGUACUUAUGCUGAUCCGCAGAUUUAUCUGGCCAGACCAGAUUGAUCUUAGUAUAUAUAUAC